AUGUCUUCCAGAGUCACUCGCUCUUCUGCGAGGCUCUCAGCAGCAGGUUCCUCCAGUCAGUCGCCCGCCCAGCCCAACACCAACACCACACCGGCCCGGGCGCCGCCCUCGACACGGAAACGGAAAGCCGCCGCUCGCGAGACGAGUCCGGAGCAGCAAAAGCUCCAGGAGCCUGAGCCCGCACGCGCUUCAGCUUCGAGGCGCACUAGCAAGCGGGUCAAGGUUGACGCUGCGGAACCCCCCGCACCCGCCCCGUCCGCCACCUCUCGCCCGAGGAAGGGCAGCCGAGCAGAUACGGCCAUGUCCAGCGCGGGACCAUCGUCGGGACCCUCAGAGGAAAAGUCGAACCCCGCAGCAGCCCAGUCGUCAUCGAGGCGCAAGACCAGCCGCAAAAACCCUCAAGACCCGCUCGCUCCCACCUCACCUUCCACCCGCCGCUCGAAGAAACAAUCAGCGAAGCCUGACGAGGAUGUUACAAUGAGGGAUGACGAUGACAUCGAGGACGGACAAGAUGAGGGCGCAGACAGAGGUCGGCAUGGCAUGAGCGACGACAGCACUGGAGAGGGCGGAAUGCCUCCGCGGUACGACGAGGAUGAUGACGACGAUGAUCCGUUUGGAGGUGGUUUCCUCGGCCGUCCUGGAGGACCUUCUGGCCUGUCGAAUACGCUGCGAGCACUGAGUGGCAUGAUGUCAGGCAUGUCCUCACGCCUGCGCAACAUCUUGGAAAACUUAAGACAGAAAGACGACCCGUCGGUGCAGUUGAUCGCCCUGCAGGAGCUCUCCGAGAUCUUGCUUGUGUCGACUGAAGAUAACCUCGCGGGUCACUUCCCACCUGAUCAGUAUGUCAAAGAGCUUGUUUCGCUCAUGCAACCCAACGAUUUCGGUGAAGAGAACCCGGAAAUCAUGCUCCUCGCGUGCCGUUGCAUAGCCAACCUCAUGGAAGCUCUUCCAGCUGCCACCGCCAACGUCGUCUACGGCGGCGCGGUCCCGAUCCUGUGCCAGAAGCUGCUUGAAAUCCACUUCAUCGACUUGGCUGAACAAGCUCUCAGCACGCUCGAGAAGAUUUCCGUCGAAUUCCCCGCGUCGAUCGUUCGAGAGGGAGGCUUAAACGCCUGCCUGACGUAUCUCGACUUCUUCCCCACUAGCACGCAGCGAACGGCGGUGACUACGGCUGCUAAUUGCUGCCGUAACAUCCCAGAGGAUUGCUUCCCCACGGUCCGCGAUGUCAUGCCGAUUCUCCUUAACGUGCUCAACAGCAGUGACCAGCGUGUGGUAGAGCAAGGCUGCUACUGCGUUUCCCGGAUUGUAGAAAGCUUCAAGUACCAAGACGGCAAGCUAGAAGAGUUGGUUAGCCCUGAAUUGCUCCAGGCAAUCCUCCGUUUGCUAUUGCCAGGCACCACGAAUCUUAUUGGGCAGAACAUCCACACUCUUUUCCUCCGCGUUUUAUCGAUCACGGCACGCGCCUCGCCUCGCCUUUCCGUGGAGCUCUUCAAGAUGAAGGUCGUCGAUACUCUCUACCAGAUUCUCACCGGUGUGUCUCCACCCGAUGGUACUGAGGACAUCGCAACCAAGAUCGACAGCGUUGUCAUCAUGCAGGCCUUGAUCCACCGCCCUCGUGAGCAAGUCUUUGAGACUCUCAACGUGAUUUGCGAGCUUUUACCAAAUGUCCAGAAGGAUGGCCUUACCUAUCUUGACGACAUUUUCGACGCUGGAUAUCCCACGGACGAGUACCUUCCGAUGUCAACCAGGUCGAGGAAGUCUCCGAAUGACAAGAGGCUGGAACUUCUGGAUGGCUGCAAAGAGGAAGUCAGGCGCUUUGCCAUCAUUCUCUUACCCACCUUGACGGAUGCUUACUCCAGCACGGUCAAUCUCAGUGUUCGCCAAAAGGUCUUGACUGCCCAGCUGAAAAUGCUGUCCAAUUUGGAUGAGGAUAUUCUGAAGGAGGCUCUUCGGGCCGUCCCUUAUGCAUCUUAUCUGGCAUCCAUCCUUUCGCAGCAAGACCACCCGUCAUUGGUCACAUUUGCACUGCAGGCUGCGGAACUUCUUUUGAAGCGCCUCGAGUCUAUCUACCGUUAUCAGUUCUACCGCGAGGGUGUGAUUUCGGAAAUUUCUCGUCUGGCCGAUCGGCCUACGAAGGACCUGGAAAAGCAGAAGCCUAACAAGCCUGCUUUGGAGGCCGAGCCGUAUGGUUCUUCUAGCAAAGCCAGCAGUGAAGCUGGCGAUGAGGAUCUCGACCGUGAAAUGGACGAUGGCCCGGAGGAUGACAUGCAUUCGGACGAUGACGAGGAAAACGAACAUGAUGACCACCAUGACGACGAGGACGAUGAUGAUGACUCCAAUUCGUCUUCCUCAUCCGGCGGACGUUAUGACCGGGCGCCUAUGCCUAACAUUGACGACAUCAUAACUCUCCGCGCCAAGAAGUUCAUGGAGGUCCAUGAGACUGAUCAGGGCAAGGAAAUGCGUGAAAAGGCUUUGACAAUCCUGGAAGAUCUCAAGUCUUUGGCUCAGGAGAUCAAAACCUGCUACUCCAGCACUGCCUGCGACAGAGGCGAGGACCUUUUCGUCCGUCUGGCCGAGUACUUUGAUGGAGAUGCCCUCGAGAGCAUCACGAGCUAUGAGCUCCUGACGUCUGGAAUUGGCGAUGUGCUCCUCGAACUCUUCGCCGACUCGAACGUAUCCAGUAAGCUGGAGGCGAGAACUGCGUUUCUGGAAGCUUUCAUGGGUACUACCAACCAGAGCAAGCAAAAGACUGCAAGCACUGCCUCUCCGAUCACCCCUUUCAGCAUCUUGGUGAGCAAGCUCCAGGACUUGCUUAGCCGCGCGGAGCACUUCGAGGUCAUCACGGUUCAUCAGAAUACCUUUGACAGCAAUCGCAGUUCCGCUGCUUCUAUGCUCGCAAAGCAGCUCAGGUUGAAACUGGUUGCCGAUGACGAUUCUGGUAUUCCUCGAGCUUACAGGAACAUCAUGGUCUCCAUCCACGCCAUUGCCACCUUCAAGGCCCUGGACGAUUAUCUCCGGCCUCGAAUCGCCCUUGCCGAGAGACCCAGACCCUCUGGCAGGGCCCGUGAUGGAGUUUCUGGUGCAAUCGCCGCAUACGCCGCGGCUAUUGCGGGUCGCAGCGCUGGUCUUGGAGGCCGAGAUGCCCCAUCAACACCACCUUUGCCGGCCCCAGCAGAUGGCACGAACCGCGCAUCUUCAUCAAAGAGGACAACGAGGUCGAAGGCGGCAGCAGGCUCAAGCGCAAAUCCCGAAGCUAGCACGCCGCCGGCUAAGCAGCCCGGUUCUGCCCCUAGACGUUCUAGCCGGAAGCGCCAGGGCGAGGCGAACCCGCCGCCUCCACCACCGCCGCCUGCUCCAUCCUCACUUGAUGAUAUUAGAGACCCUCUCGAGUGCGCUGACGAGGCCCAAUUGUCUGACGAAGAUGACUUGGGAGACGGCGAUGGAUUGGAUGCGAUCGUGGACGACCUUGAGGACGAGAUGGAUGAGGAUCUUCCUGAUCCGUCCGCAGUCAGCGUAGAAGUCGCUUCGAACGGCAGAGCUACGGCACACAAGGAAGAUGGAACCAGGGUUGCAACGCCGUUGGGUGGAUCUACGCCAUCUUCAGCACGCGCGGCUCAGGCUGAUCGUUCUCUUGCUGAGAGGAUGGCUACCGAGCAGCUUGCCAGCCUUGCCUAUCAACGCAAUCUGCUUGGCGGAAACCCGGCUUCUGCCAGACCCAUGUCUUACGCUGCUGCCAUCCAGGCUGUUCCCCAAGACUGGCACAUCGAGUUCAGCGUCAAUGACCAACCCAUCUCCAACGAGACUACCAUCUACCGUGCUGUCCACAUGAGCCAGGCUGAUGGAGCCGACGCCUCUCGGAACAUCUGGUCUCCGACGCACACGAUCAAGUUCAAGAAGGCGACAGGACCGCCUCCUGCGGAGUCCAGCUCACUGACCCCUCCUCCGGAGUCGGCGUCCGACGUGAACGGUAUCCCUCAGUCCUUGAACAAGAACCCAACGACAUCGUCCAUCUUGCGCCUGCUCAGCAUUCUUCAUGAGCUGAAUGCCAACCUUGAUGACGUUCUUUCUGAGAAGAAGGAUACCAUCAAGGUCAACGCCGAGCCAUUGUCUCAGUUCGUGAACACCAAGCUCACUGCGAAGCUUAAUCGGCAGCUUGAGGAGCCGCUCAUCGUGGCCAGCAACUGCCUUCCCAACUGGAGUGAGGAUUUGGCCAGGCUUCACCCCUUCUUGUUCCCAUUCGAGACGCGCCAUCUGUUCCUUCAGUCAACAUCAUUUGGCUAUUCUAGGUCCAUGGCGAGGUGGCAGAACGCGCAGUCUUCCACUGACUCCCGUCACGACCGCCACCGCGACGAGAGGCCAUUCUUGGGAAGGGUGCAGCGCCAGAAGGUGCGCAUUUCGCGUAACAAGAUUCUCGAGUCGGCCGUCAAGGUCAUGGAACUCUACGGCUCCUCACCGAGUGUUCUCGAGGUUGAGUACUUCGAGGAGGUUGGAACUGGUCUUGGACCGACGCUGGAAUUCUAUUCGACGGUUUCCAAGGAAUUUUCCAAGAAGAAGCUCAAGCUCUGGCGGGAGAACGAGUCAAACGAGAAAGACGAGUUCGCCUUUGGCAAGCGUGGACUCUUCCCUGCUCCCAUGAGCGCUGAGCAGGCAGAGACAGAGGAUGGUAAGAAGGUGCUCCAUCUCUUCAAGAUUCUCGGCAAGUUCGUUGCUCGCUCCAUGCUCGACUCGCGCAUUAUCGACGUGUCCUUUAAUCCCACUUUCUUCCGCAUUGGAGACAACACGGCCGUCAAGCCGUCUCUGGGCGCCGUCAAGACUGUUGAUUCCGACCUUGCCAGGGCGCUUGUCUUGCUGAAGAAGUUUGCCAAGGAGAAAAAGAAGAUCGACGAGGACCCCAACAUGCCACCGGCUGAAAAGGUGUCUGCGAUUGAGGCAAUUGAGGUCGAUGGCGCCCAUGUGGAGGACUUGGGUCUCGACUUCACUCUCCCAGGCUAUCCUAACAUCGAGCUCGUCGAAGACGGGGCAAACACGUCGGUAACCAUUGAGAACGUCGGUUCGUACGUUGACAAGGUGUUGGACAUUACAUUGGGAAGCGGUGUACAGAAGCAGGUGGACGCAUUCCGCACCGGAUUUUCGCAGGUCUUCCCCUACUCUGCAUUGCGCGCGUUUACCUCAGAUGAACUCGUCAUGCUCUUUGGUCGCACUGAGGAAGAUUGGACCUUGGAAACGCUCAUGGACUCGAUCAAGGCCGACCAUGGCUACAACCUUGACAGCAAGAGCGUUCGCAACCUGCUGCAAGUCAUGAGCGAGCUCGACGCGUCUCAGCGUCGUGACUUCCUGCAGUUCGUCACGGGCAGUCCCAAGCUUCCCAUUGGUGGUUUCAAGGCUCUUACGCCGAUGUUCACGGUGGUGUGCAAGCCAAGCGAGCCUCCUUACACGUCGGAUGACUAUCUCCCCAGCGUCAUGACUUGCGUCAACUAUCUCAAGAUGCCCGACUACAGCAGCCUUGACAUCCUCAAGGAGAAGCUUUUCGUUGCUAUCAAAGAAGGACAGGGUGCUUUCCACCUUUCUUGA